UGUAUACAAACAAAGCUGACAGAUGCGUUAGCUGUUAACCAAAUUUGAAUGGAUCGCUCGCUAUCCCCGUGAAAGAGACGGGUUAGUCGCUCAUUUCAGACGCUUAACUACCAAAAGAGAAGAUUGCAUUUAAACUUUUUACCUUGUCGUAUUGGAAACGUGAAAUAUUUGCCCGAUUGUUGACGAGCUAGCGUAAAUUAGCUACCCGAUCCGUCGCUUGAGGUUUAAACAAGGGCACAAGCAUCAACGCUCAACACGUUACCUCAAAAUUACCGCUUUUCCUGCUUUAAAUACGAAUACAGGUUCGCGUUUUGUGAUCGGAUCGCUUUUUCGGGACUGUUUAUUAUUUCUUGAAGACUGGACGAGUGGAAGAGGGACGCAGCGUUUAGCAGGAUAACAACUAUGUCUACAUCCAACGCUAAUUUUAAGAACAAAUGUGUAAGCCAGGUGAACUGCAUCUUCUGCGACAGUCUGCUCUGUACGAGGGGGAUGAAAGCUGUACUUCUUGCAGACACCGAGGUGGAACUGUUUUCGACCGAUAUUCCUCCAAACAGAACUGUUGACUUUGUGGCCAGCUGCUACUCCACCGAAAGCUGUAAAUGCAAACUGCGAGACAUAGCCUGCCUCAAGUGUGGGAACGUAGUGGGCUAUCACGUGGUGGCCCCCUGUAAGCCCUGCCUGCUCUCCUGUAAUAAUGGACACUUCUGGAUGUUCAACAGUGACGCUGUCUCCACCCUCAACAGACUGGAUUCAACAGGCCUUAACCUCCUCCUCUGGGGCGACCUCCCAGAGCUCGACGACAGCGAGAACGAGGAAUCAGAAACCCCGUCAGAGGAAGAGUGCAUCAGGUAAACAGGAAAUGGACAGAUGUGACUGAAACUUAAAGCACCAACCACCAGAAAGAAGAUGAAGAAGAAGAGGAGGAAGAGGAGGAGACACAUGUACAGUAAAAACCAUGCUUCAGCUGAGAGGGACGAGCCUUAAAGAGUAAUUCAACACUUAAAUGCAGCAAAUGCAAAAUUGUAAGGGGUUCUGGUUGACUUAUUUUUACGGUACUACUACUUGAAAUCUACAAAACAAACUUGCGCGUUUAACCACAGCAAAUUCCAACCCUGGUGUUUUAAAUACUACCUUCAAAAAUAUAUUUUCUUUACUAAUGGAACAAUAUCUCUAAUUUCUAGUCAUUCAGUUGUUGUGUUUCAGUUGACAUCACAACAUUCUCUACGCCUAUAUUGUUUGAUACCAAUGGGGGCAGCUAGAAUGAAUGAAUGAAUGAAUUGUUCAAAUCCAGAUUUUUAUUUAAUACUGUGAGUUCUUGGGUCUAAUCACUAGUAGAAAUGACUUGGUUCAAUAUUUUUGAACCUAGAAUUUACCUUUUGGAUAUUUCCUGGCAAAAGACAAUGUUAUUAAUGGGAAAAACUUACUCUUGACCCAAUCUGGAAUGUAGGACCUCAUCACGUUCUACAAUUCUACAAUCAAAAUGAACUUUAUUUUUUCACACCAAAAACCACAUCACCUCAAAACGAACUGUAGCAGUGCUUACCUCAAAUACUUCCGUGCAAGUUUAAAGUAAAAAUGUAUUUAUUAUACAUUGCUUCUGGUUGUUCUAUUUCGGGCAACCUCUUCCUGUAAGCUGACACAAAUUGCUGGAUUGCCAAUUGCUGGUAAUUGUAUUUGUAUAAUGUAAUUUCUGGGCACUAUUACUGACAAACUUGAAUGUACGCCGACAAAGCUGGUUGCCAAAUCCUUAUCUAGUCUAAUCAUCAACGGGUUACUAUGUCAGAGUUAGUUUUCUUAUUUUUGCAAAAGUGAAAAGUAAAUUUGUGAGCUUCCUUGCUUGAAUUUUGAAGGCUGAACUUGGAGUUGUGUUUUAUUUCAUUAAUCUUUUAACACACAAAUCCUGCAUAUUUAGGCUUAGUAGUUCUUCUCUCAAAUGGAAAACACUCUGAUCCAUUUUGUGAUUUCAUGUUGCAAUAGACUUUUUUUUUCCACAAUGGCCGGAAAUGCCGCCUUGAACUUCUGGUUAAUGCUUUUCUAUGGCAAAAUGUCUUGUGAAAAUGUCUCGCGUAUUCUCCACCAGCUUCAUACAUCUGCCCCAUCUUCAAAACUUCAACCAACAAGGUCCACAAAAAAUAAACAAUCUGUCCAUGAAGAAUUUAUCCACAACUAUCAAGAUAAGAAAGACGAAAGCUUAAAGACGAACAACAAUGACGCAUUAGUGAAUUACUGAACACAACUAAGAAGAAUAUUUAGCAAUUGUGGACCUUGUGGGAAGAUUUGGUGAUGAGGCAGGCAGAUUUAUUAAGCUGGUGGAGAAUACGCGAGGCAUUUCCACAUUGCUGACUUGAAACCUACCGCUUCAUGGUGGAACAGAGUAUUUUGAGCAUUGGAGAUGCAGAUAGACUAGUAUUUAAUAGUUACUCAAACAUGUGUGAAUGAAAAAAAAAACAACAACUCCAGGUCUGUUUUCCAUAAGAUAACAUUAUAACACGACUAAAAGCUCACAUGAAUCAAUUGUGUGUCAUAUAGGAUCUUUAAUAUCUGUAUCAGCUAGACAAAUAUUGUAUACCGGUAUCGGCUCAAAAAAUCCACAUUGGAACAUUCCUAAUCGGUACAAUCCCUUUAAGUGUUGAAUUACCCUUUACUUCAUGUUUAUGGCCUUCUUCAUCAUCACCAUCACUGUUAAAAGCACAGAUAUCCUCUUCGCUCCCAUCCUCUCUGCUGUUUUUGUACCGCUGCGUAUGGACUAAACAAAACGAGGCUCAACCCAAAACCACUAUAGUGCUGUUUCCGAUCAUACUAGGAGGUCUACAACGCCUACAAGUGAAUGCUUUCUCUCUGCUGCUUUAGUCCGGUCCUUUUUCCAAAAAUAUAUAUAAAUAUAUAUAUUAACAAUUAACACAACUUUUUAAUAUUUCUACAGUAACCUCUCUGUACUAUUAAUAUUAAGACUUCCAUUGACAUAAGGCUUAAUACAUGAUAUCUAUAUGGUCUAUAUAUUUUCGGUGUGCCUGAUUGCGGACUGACAGUUUGUGUGUUUUUGAAUUUUGUGAAUGGGGGUAAAGUAGCACAAAUAUUUAUUCUAAUAUUUAAUUUAAGGGCAUAUAUGAUAGAAUAACCUAUACCAGGAUGCUGUACUGACAAGGUGAUUUUGAUACUAAUACAGACUGGUGCAUUGGUGACAACUCACUGAAAAAUCAGAUAACACGUACUAAUGUUCUCAUGUAUGGUUAAUUUGAAUGGGAUUUCUUAUUAUAAUACUAAACUAAUAUAUAGUAUUAACAAAUAAGAAGGUGGAAUUGUUAAUCUACUAAUGACUAACGCAGGUACAACGUGUUUCCAUUGAGUUGUAUGUAGCAGCUUAAUUGUAGCACUGCACACGAAACACCAAAAUUAUCAAAAUAUUUCGUUUUUGGGGCACAAAUUUUCAUAAAUGCAUAUACGUUUUUCAGACAAGUACAGUUUUUAUUUAUUUAUUCAUCCAUUUUCAUAAACGUACACAAAGCCAAGUGUAUAUGUAUACUGGUAGCUGAUUUCCUGUAUUUUACUUUACAGGAUUUUCCAAAAUUAAAUGAAAAAAUAUCUUCAUUGAAUACAUUUCCAGAAUUAUACAAAUUUCUGUAUUUUGCAGUGAGUGACAAUUUGUGCUCCGUUUGAUUUGGGAUACAACUCAUUAUUAUAAUAUUAUUUGUAUAGCUCCUGAUCUUAAAGGGACAGUUCAGAAUUUUGGCCAUAGGGUCUCAUUUCCUAGUGAGCCAGAGUGUUGGAGACGUGUGGAGACACUUUUUGAAAUAUUCCAUCCAGUCCUUGUAUUUGGAGAGGUUUCUGGUGCUAGGCUAGUGCAUGUCAAUGGCCAUAGUUAUGUCUUACCCACUCCACAAAACACCCGAAGCAAAUCUAUUAUUACACCAGACUGUCCAUGUGAAUGUCUGUGUUGAUAGAAUAAUAGAAGAAGUAGAACUAAUCUCGUAUCACUUGAAUCGUCGUAUGUUGAGGGACUAUUUUCUCAGCAGCAGCGAAAUUUUACUGUGCUCCAGUUAGUUCUGAUGAUAUGAACGUGGCCCAAGCCCCGGGUUUCCAAAAUGGCCACCCAUUCAAGUCAGUUUGAGUUGAGAAAAAGUUUAUGAUCUAAAAAUAGGUGAAAAUCUCCACAAAAUCUGACAUUUUUGAAAGUUGUAGGUGCCCUGUCAGACGAACACGAGUAGUUUGUGAUUACAUUGCGCUCUAUGAGGAAAAAAAUCUUCUCUCGGCCCAUGGGAUUUUUUCCGCUGUAGUACCAGUGAGUGGCCACUACUUCAACUUGAGGCAGCUACAAGCUAGCAAUAUCCUAUCCAGUUAUUUUAAUAGAUCUGUGACGUGGCCAUAUCUGGAACAGGCUUCUUCAUGUGCUCUAUGUAUCGCUAUGGCAAUGGUGCUAGGUGAUAUCAGUUUGCUGCUGCCAAACUUUCUAUCAGGAAGUCCAACUCACUGCUGCUGCUCAGACAUAAAUCCUUCAAAUGCAAGGUUGGUUUUACUUCUAAAAUUAUUCUAUUGACACAAACAUUUACAUGGACAGUCUGGUGUAAUAAUAGAUUUGCUUUGGGUGUUUUGUGGAGUGGGUAAGACUGUUUUUAGUGGCAGGCUAACUAUGGCCAUUGACAUGCACUAGCCUAGCACCAACAACCUUUCCAAAUACAAGGACUGGAUGGAUUAUUUCAAAAAGUGUCUCCACACAUCUACAGUACUCUGGCUCACUAGGAAAUGAGACCCUCCAAAAUUCUGAGCUGUCCCUUUAAGGCAAUUAAAGCCUUUAGAAUUGUCUUAUUUUGAAAGACCAAACGCCCAGGACUGCAUUGAAGCACAGUGCAUUUGCUUAAUGGGUAAUUUCAAUGUUACUUUGUUGUUAAUGAAGUUGUCAACCGCUAAUUGGCCUUUUAGCAGCCACAAGUGCGUACGCCAUUUUAAAACACAAGACUAUAUCUGUACGAUUAUUAGCUGUACGACAAUUGCCUUGAUUAUAGUCUUAAGUUUAAUUUAAGUUGUGGUCCACAUUUUCAAAUACCCUUUACUGACCUGCUACACUUGCACACCAAAUAAUAUUUAAUGUAUUCUUAACGAUGACUAGUAUUUAUUUAAAUUACAAACCAAAUAUAGAAAUGAUAAUAAUAUAAUUUACUUAACUUUUUUUUGUUUUGUUUACGGACUUUGUUUACAGAGCUGUUUGUUUUUGUGUAUUUAAUAUUACAUUUGUGACUUUUGUUCAUAAGAAGUGACUGGGUGUGUACAUUGAAGCUUCCUCUG